AUGAAUGAACUGAAGUGUAAAGUUUUAAGUUUAUGGUUUUCAUUUCAUUUUCUAAUGAAACCAUCAGUGAAAUCUGCCAAAGAAAUAGCAACACAAAAGUUUGAUAUAAAAGGAAAGCAAUCACCCGAAAACCAUUCUAUGAUGCGAUGGGAGCAAAAACUUCCUUUUUGUCAACAUUGCGCAAGCCACUGA